AUGGCCUUCAAUGAUGAGAGGGUCAAACACCACUUUAAUCUUAAAAUUUGGGUUUAUGUUUCUCAAGAUUUUGAUGUGAAGAGGGUGAUCAAAGCAACAACAGAAUCUGCAAAUGGAAAUGCUUGUGAGGCAGUUGACCUAGACUCACUGCAGAGAAGGCUUCGCAACAUGCUGAAUGGGAAAAGAUACCUAAUUAUAUUAGAUGAUCUGUGGGACGAAGAUCCAGUCAAGUGGGAUGCUCUCAAGUAUUCACUAGCACGUGCAUCAAAAAGUGCUUCCAUUAUCGUCACUACUCGUGUUGAUAAGGUUGCAUUAAUCAUAAGAACUAUUUCACCCCAUCGCUUGUCAUUUUUAUCCAAAGAAGAUUGUUGGUUAUUGUUCAGGCAACGAGCAUUUGGAUGUGGAAAUGAAGAACAUCCAAACCUUGUCGCCAUCGGGAAGGAGAUAGUGAAGAAGUGCGGGGGUGAGCCUUUAGCUGCAAAGGCCCUUAGAGGGCUAAUGUGCUUCAAAAGUGAGGAAAAAGAGUGGCUUCAUGUUAAGGAAAGUGAAGAACUUAAAGCCGACAUAUGUUUCCAGAUGCAUGAUCUUGCCCACGAACUUGCCCAAUCAAUUAUGAAGGAUGAAUGUGAAAUGAUCAAGUUUAACAGUUCAAGUAAUAUAUCCAAUGAAAAAGUUCGUCAUGUAACAUUGGUUGUCAGGCCUGGGGAGAAUUUUAAUAACACAUUUCACAAAGUUGUAUCCUUACGGACAUUACUACUACAAUCAACUUUCUCAUUAGAAGAUGACGAGUUAUUGUGUGAUUUCAGAAAGUUUGGUUCACUGCGAGCUUUUGAUGCAGGAGCCAGACGAAUGAAGGAGUUGCCAUCUUCAAUUGGCAACUUAAAACAUUUGAGUCUCCUAGCUGAAUUGAAAUGCUUAAACCUUGGAGGAGAACUUCGUAUUGAGCACCUUGUGAGAGUGAGUAAUCCGAUGGAUGCAAAAGAAGCCAAUUUAGUGGGAAAGCAAAAUCUUUGUCUGUUGGAACUAAAUGGGGGACAUGAAUUGAUUGAAUUUGCCUUUGCUACAAAGCCUUCAAAUUCUGGGAAUGGAGGAAGUAGUGUUGAAAACGAAUAUCCUUGCGGUGGAGAAUUCCCAUCUUUGGAAGAACUCUAUGUUGACAAUUGUCCGAAAUUGGAAGGUUUGUCAAGGGAGGAUGGAAAAGAGUUGUUCCCUCGUCUUCGUAAGAUAGAAAUUAGUGAUUGUCUUAAAUUGAGCUUCCCCCAUCUUUCGUCUCCCAAAGAAUUGUUGUUGGAAGGCAAGUGCACCAUGGUACUAAAUUCAAUAUCAAAUCAUAAUAGUCUCACUUCCCUAGCCAUUGAUCGUGAUAAAGAGACGGUUUGUUUUCCAAAAGAGUUUUUGAGGAAUCUUACUGUUCUUGAGUUGCAACACACUGUUUGGUAG